GGAAACACGACAGGUUCAAUGCGUAUUUGCUAUGCGCAGAUAGCUGUAAUAUAGGUAUCGUUGAUACAGGGAGGUCAAGCUGGACAGGCUAUUGGAAGUACCACGAUCCGUUGGAUCUAUAUCGGUUGAUGCAGUGCCAUGCUGCACAUCCUGUUAUUCUUUGUACUUUCUCCUCGGAUACUGAGAAUAAACCACGGCAAAUUGAAGAAGGUAUCGGCAAGCUCCCAGGCUGGGAUCGAGGGUGGCAAGGAGGGGGACCUACAGCUACCAACAAGCGAAUGGUGUAGUCCGAGGUUGGCCCCCUGAUUGCGAGGUGUGUAUGUACGCAGGACGAAGACGUUUUGAUGGAGAAGGACGAUAAAAAUGAGUGAGUGGUAGUAUUUACUUACAUGCCUGUGAAUCUGGGAGC